GGAAGAAACUAACCUCUGAGUCUUCGGUUAUCUUUCUCACCAUAUGAGCUAAUCCCACUUUUCAUUUCCAGCCAUACACAAUUCCUAAUAAUCCAAUGAAUAAAAAGCUCCUCAUCUUCAUGGUUCUAUGUUUUGCUCUGCUGCAAAAUCCUACAACCAUUUCCUCUGCUAAACUAAAACCCAAAACCAAAGGAUUCAUAUAUGAUACGUUUGAUGAAGGUAAGGAUUCCUCCUCCUUCAUAUUCAAUUCCUCUUCUAUUGAUCUAAAAGCCCUUCAGUUAACUCCAGACAACGAGAACCAACCAAAUGGCUACAAUAACAAGUCCGGUCGUAUCAUGUAUCACAAGCGUUACAAACUCUGGUCGACCGAAAGCCAAAACGACGAUGUAAUUGCCUCCUUCAACACUAACUUUGUCAUUAACAUGUAUCGAAACGACAAUUGGGAAGCCGGUGAGGGGCUCACUUUUCUGAUAGCUCCAGACCUUGUCUUGCCGGAUCAGAGUUAUGGACGGUGGCUUGGCUUAACCAACGCCACCACCGACGGCAAGCCCGGAAACCACUUCGUUGCCAUCGAGUUCGAUACUAAAAGCCAAGGCUCGGACCCUAUUGGUAGCCAUAUCGGCCUCGAUGUCAACUCGGUGGUUUCGAAUAAGACUGUUCUUGUGGAUCAGUUUAAGCCAAAAGCAAAUUACAGCGUUUGGAUUGAAUACGAUGGCGUGUUGAAAUUAAUGGAGGUUUACAUGGCCAUUGAUGGCGAUGCUAAGCCUGAGAAACCGAUUCUUAGUGACAAAAUAAACUUGAAAGAUUAUGUCAAUCAGUAUUCUUACUUCGGUUUUUCAGGUUCCACAGGGGACCCUGCGAAACAGUUCAACUGUGUCAUACGAUGGAAACUAGAAAUUGAUGAUUUGAAUCCCAAAAAACAUUGGAAACCGUUGAUAAUUGGCGUUUCCGUUAGCUUACCGUUAUUGGGUUUGGCUUCAGUCUUGUUAUGUAUCAAGAUCAGAAGGGCUAAGAAGAGAGGACUUCAGGAUGAGGAGUCCAACGUCUUGGGAACCCUUAAAAGGUUGCCUGGGAUGCCUAGAGAGUUUAAGUUCAAAGAUUUGAAAAGGGCCACUAAAAACUUUCAUGAGAGUAUGAUCCUGGGAAAAGGUGGAUUUGGCGUUGUUUAUAGAGGUGUUCUCAAUGAAGAAAAUGACCAUAAUGGUAAUAGUAAUAGUUCUGCUUCUAGUAACGAAGUAGCUGUGAAGAAAUUCUCCAGAGAUAACAUAGAUGGUAAAGAAGAUUUCUUGGCUGAACUCACCAUUAUUCAUCGUCUUCGCCAUAAACAUCUUGUCCGCUUAGAAGGUUGGUGCUACGAGAAAGGGAAGCUUUUACUAGUAUACGACUACAUGCCGAACGGCAGCGUGGAGAAACACCUCAACAAAUCCUCAAACCAAAACACCCUCUCGUGGGAACAUCGACACAAGAUCCUAACAGGUGUGGCCUCGGCGUUACAUUACCUUCACAACGAAUAUGACCAAAAGGUCGUUCACCGUGACCUUAAAGCCAGCAACAUCUUGCUAGACUCCAACUACAACGCACGCUUGGGGGACUUCGGCCUAGCUCGAGCCUUGGAGAAUGAAAGAAACUCAUACGCCGAGCUAGAACUAUGCGGUGUCCCGGGCACCAUGGGCUACGUAGCUCCGGAAUGCUUCCACACCGGAAAGGCUUCUCCGGAAUCUGACGUGUUUGGCUUUGGUGCGGUGGCGCUAGAGGUCGUGACAGGCAGAAGUCCCGGAGUUCAGAUUCAGCAUGAAAAAGACCAGCUCACGCUGGUUGAUUGGGUUUGGAUGCUCCACCGCGAGGGACGUAUAGAAGAAGCUGUGGACGAGAGGCUUAGCGAUGAGUACGACGUUGAAGAAGCGAAUAGGCUGCUGCUCUUGGGGCUGGCGUGCUCGCAUCCCGUCGCCAGCAUGAGGCCGCAAACUCAAGUCAUAUGUCAGAUUAUCUCCGAGACUAUGCCGCCACCUCAUGUGCCGCCUUUCAAGCCGGUCUUCACUUGGCCUUCCUUGAGUACAACCGCCUUCAGCUCCAAUGAGAGUAGUUUCUCAAACUUUCUCUCAAACAGUAGUAAGAAACAUGGACUAGUAUCACAUUAGUACAUAACUGGGUUCAGCUCAGUUUUGAGUUAUUGAUAUACGGCAUGUUUUUGAGUCCAUUUGCUUAAUUGUACAUAUAUAUACAUGUGUUGGAUAGAAGAUGAUGGUGAUAAGUGGUCGCUUUUUUUUUUCCUGCGAUUCUUAAUGAAGACAAUGUAUAGCUUGUUCUAUAUUAAGUGGCUGUACUAAUCGCCGGUUUUGUAUAUUCAAGUUGAAACAGGCACAGAACACAAACAAGUAUAUAAAUAUACCAUGUAUUAUACUGUUGUUGAUUA